UAUUACAAACCAUCCGUUCGAUUCGGUCUCCAGCUGCAAGAGUUGAAGGAGAAAGACCACUGAUGGUCAUGGCUCUGGCAUUGGCAGUAGUGCAUCCACAUGCUUCCUUUUCUGCGUCUUCCUCGUCUUUCUUCGCCCAUCAAAGAGUCCCCCACAUCUUGUUACCCAAAUCUCGAAGCAACUCCAGUAACAGUACCAGCCUACCAGCUUCCAUCUGCAAAGCUUCAUGGCAAGAGCUUGCUGGCGUGGUGAUAUUCUCAGCAAUUCCAUUCACGGCUGUGAAAGCCAUUGCCAAUAGCCCACUUGGAGAGUCUCUCCAGAGGCGAUUGGAACAGAGGAAGAAACUUGCCGUUCAACAAUCUUCCAAGUUCAAAGCUUUAGCCCAAAAGGCCCGUAAAGAGAGCUUCUGGUAUGGAGAGGAGCGCCCUAGGUGGCUCGGUCCCAUUUCGUACCAGUACCCAACAUAUCUUAGUGGAGAGCUGCCAGGGGAUUACGGCUUUGAUGUUGCCGGUCUAGCUGAGGAUCCGGUUGCUUUCCAGAGAUACUUCAAUUUGAUUCCAUUUUUGUGCAGCUUUGAAAUACUUCAUGCUCGCUGGGCUAUGCUUGCUGCUCUCGGUGCUUUGAUUCCAGAAGUAUUGGAUUUGUCAGGUGUCUUUCAUUUCAUUGAGCCUGUAUGGUGGCGAGUUGGCUAUUCGAAGCUUAAGGGAGAUACACUGGACUACCUUGGCAUCCCUGGACUCCACUUCGCCGGGGGCCAAGGAGUGCUUGUAAUUGCUUUCUGUCAAGCCAUACUAAUGGUUGGGCCGGAGUAUGCAAGAUACUGUGGAAUUGAGGCUUUGGAACCUCUGGGAAUUUAUUUGCCAGGGGACAUCAAUUACCCUGGGGGAAUCCUCUUCGAUCCCUUGAACCUCUCCAAAGACCCUGUAUCUUUUGAGGAGUUGAAGGUGAAAGAAAUUAAAAAUGGGCGCCUAGCAAUGGUUGCCUGGUUAGGCUUUUACAUCCAAGCAGCUUUGACUGGUAAAGGGCCUGUUGAGAACCUUGUCGAGCACAUAUCAGAUCCCCUUCACAACAAUCUGUUUUCCACGCUCAAGUUGGUGUAGAUAUUUCUCUUAGGUGUUUAGAAAGGUACAUACGAGGUAUUGUUCCUCCGUCCGUCGACCCGAUUAGAUCGACCGAUUAGAUCAUGGAACAAAGUGCAAUAUAACCCCGUAGAUGGGUCUCUUGCGAAUUCAGCAUCAAAUGUCAAUGGCCGAUUGGUUCUUCUCAAAGCUCGUUUGUUUUCGCCAAAGUAAGCAUAAUUUUAAUGGAUAGAUACUAGACAAAGCUAGUAAUAAAUAAGUGGUUAGUGCUUAUGAAAGUUUCUGCACUUAUGAUUUUAUGUUUAAGAGAUUUUCUUACUCUUUUU